AAUGGGCGUCGAGAGUUUACACAGUGACGUCAGUAUUGUGGGUCUGGAAGCCUUGAGGUUUGUCUUGGAUCGGUUGGACGCUGUUAGAACCCUCUCCUCGUGUAGAUGGAGAAAGCGGAGGGUAGAAAUGUCGAGGAGGGGCACUCAAAGGAGCUUCUUAAUAUCGGUGGUGGCGGAGGCUUUUACAAUCAGCUUCUGAUAAAUCCGAAAUACAGCAAUAAACAAGGAUCCAAUUCACCAAUCACCAGAAUGCCUAGAAGCAGCAUUCUGGACAGAGUACAGAACUUCCUACCUCAGCUGGCUAAGGCCAAUGAAAGUCUUAGUAAGGAAAUAGAAUCUUCUCCAGUUGGCACUUUUGACAUUGAACACGUGGAUGAGAAGGAAGAGAAGAUAAUUGAAAUGAAUGUGGCUCUGGUAGAACUGAGCAGUUCUGAUUCCAGUGAAGAUGAAGAAGAAACCAGUUCAGACGAAAGUUCUGAUAGUGACCUCAGGAAAGAAGUUACUGAAGACAAUAUGAGAUUGAGAAAAACUGGAAAGAAGGGCAACAUACAAGUUUUAGGGGAUUGAUUUUUAUGAACCUAAUUGUUUGCUUUCACAUUACAUUAACUGAAUUCUCCCCUUUAUGUACUAAAAUAAUUGCAAAAACUUUCUAGCAUUUCAAAAUGUUUAACAUUUCAAUAUUGAAAUAAAUGCCUGCUUUUUAUAAAAGUAUGCUGAAGAGAUGUUUUUUUCAUUUACUGUGACAAAUGUUUAUACAAUAAACGGCAAUAAACAUGAACUAAUGUUAUGUAAUCAUUAUUGUAAAAUAUUAAAGUCCAUCAAAAAAUUA